CUUGUUUAUUAUAAUGGUAAAGAGAUCUUCAUUGUCAUGCAUUGCAUGCGGAGAUAAAGUACGGGUCAUUAUUUAUCUUAUUUCCGCCCAAUGAAAUAAUGGAACAUUUAAGUUCUAUCAUAAUUUUAGAAAAUAACAUGACAUUAUCUCUCUUCUACACGAAGUACCAACUGACCUUUGUUUAACUAUAUGUAAUGACAUAUAGACCACGUUUAGACCUGCUAAGUAUCAACUCCUGAUACCACCUACAGGAUGACUCGCGAGACUUUUGAAUAGGUCUGGCUUCUUAAUAUAUCAUCUCAUUAAAUACUUCGUAUAUUCGUCCUCGAAAUAAAGAGGAAAAAUUGUUAGUUUACUUCAUUGAAUGAAAGAUAGAAAGGCGCAACAAGCCGAAAAUAUAAAAGCGAUUUUAAAAAUUCGAUAGGUAACUUUUUAGUGAAUAACUUAGCUUACAACGUUUCAACCUAGUAUUCAGGAAGUAUGAUUACAUAUUGUAGUUUUCUAAAUUCCAAGCCGGUGAUGUUAUAAUUGAAUAAUAUGUAAGUUGUAAAAUGUGUUUGUUCAACAUCGUUAAAAUACGUAAUUGUCUAAAUGUUCUUGUUCACUAGGAUACUCUUUGUAAACUAACCUUGACCAAAGCCUACCUGUUUUACAUACUUAACAAUGAGCGACAUUGUAAAAUUCUGAUUUGUAUCAAACCAUUUUAAUUUCGUAUAUCAUAAUGAAAAAUUUAGAACCCAUUUAAUACAAUGUUAAAGAUACGGACAUAAUGGCUAUCAUCAAUGAAUUAAUAGGAGACUUCGGGAGAUAUCAUUUGUGGUUAUGUUUUAUUGUGUUUUUGAGCAGAUACAAUGUGUCGUUCCACCAAAUGGCCAUCAUAUUUCUGACGGCUCCAGUUCAGCACUACUGUCCAGGAACAAAUAGCACAUGUUGUAGCAAUCCCGUGUUCAAUAAAACUGUAUUCACAAGAACUAUAGUAACCGAAUGGAACCUGACAUGCAAAAGUGAUUGGUUCAAAGAUUUAACGCAAACAAUUUUUCAAUUUGGCGUUUUCUGCGGAAGUCUAAUAUUUGGGAUUGCAUCGGAUAAAUACGGGAGAAGACCGACUUUAAUAGUAUCGAUAAUAAUAGAAAUAUUUGCCGGCAUCAUGUCGUCGUUUUUGCCAGAUUAUUGGAGCUUUUCGUUCGCCAGAUGGGUGGUGGGUUUUGCGAAUGGUGGUUGUAUAACCAUAGCAUACGUGAUGGUGAUGGAAUAUGUUGGUCACGUAAACAGAGAUACAGUGUCCAUAUUGAUUAAUAUACCGUUCACGACUGGCAACAUGAUAGUUGCGGGAAUUGGCUACCUGAUAAGAGAUUUCUCGUAUUUUCUACUCCUCAUAUCAGUCUUAAACGUCAUUUUAUUGUUUUACAUUUGUUUAUUACCAGAAAGCCCACGAUGGUUAUUAGUUGUGAAUAAAACUGAACAAGCAAUUAUAUUAAUGGAAAAGGUGGCAAAAAUUAACAAACUCCCCACGGAACACAUAAGAAGUAAAAUGGAAUUGUAUCAAUUCGAGCACAGAACUGCGAGACCGCGAAGUACUGCGUUAGAUCUGUUCCGUACUCCAAACGUGAGAAGAAACAUUACUGUAAUGUCGUUUAUUUGGCUCGUCUGCAGCUACUGCUUCUACGGGGUUUCUUACUACAUCAGUCACUUGACUGGCGAUUUAUUUAUAAAUGUCUUGGCCACUGGAGGCGUUUGUACCUGUGCGAGUAUCAUUAGCAUUCCUCUAAUCAAGUUCUCCAAACGCAAAACUGUCGUAAUCUUUGGAAACGUUAUAUGCAGUUUGUGUUUAAUUGCAAUAGGUUUUGUUCCGGAAGGUAAUGCGUCUUUGGUGGUCGGAUGCUUAGGAGAAAUGCACAGUUAUAUAAUCUUUAUUGUGAUUUAUUUGUAUUGCUCCGAAAUGUUCCCUACUGUAGUUCGUAAUGCGGCUAUUGGUAUAUGUUCCAUGAUGGCUCGAGUAGGCUCUAUGAUUGCACCUUUUGCUGCUAAUUUAAGACCCUAUGGAAAAUGGUGUUCACCAGUUGCAUUUGGUAUUUUUCCAAUGAUAUCUGCAUUACUUUGUUUACUAUUUUUACCUGAAACAAAAAACUGUGAACUAUUGAUGACAUUAGAAGAAGCAGAGGCUAUAGGAAGGAGCACACAAUUGAGAAGACCAGAUAAUGGUAUUGAAAUGGAAGAAAUUGAAGUUUGAAUU